AUGCCCCCACCAUCGCCGGUACACCAGCAGCGUCCGACGAAAUCUUCAUUCACACCACACGAAAAUCGAACUACACCACCACGUCGACAACCUCCAGCGCCCACUUCCUCGCCACCUUUCGAGCCGACACUGAUGCAAGAAUCGCUCUCCAACUUUACUCCGCUUCCUUGGGAGAAAGCGCACGCCUCCACAGCAGCCCUCUUCCAACGCCUGGCUGGCAAGUCCAAGGAGCAAGCUCUGGAAAAGCAGAAAUCGCAUAUGGCAGAUGAGGUGGCAAAAGCGCAUGCUAGAAUGCAGGUUCGAUCGCCGACUGCACCGCCCAGGAAGGGCACGACAAAUGGACGCAAAGCGACAUCACAGGGUGGAAAGGGGAGGAUGAAACAGGCUGCUGCGUUGGCUGGGUCUCCACCUAAGAUCGGACGCACUGAAGCGGUGUUGAGGAGUCCAAGGUCGAACCGGAGGAUCUAUGCGUUGGAGACGCAGAUGGGUGGGGAUGCCGUCGUGGGCGGGAGAGCGGUGAGUCUACAGCCGAUCAGGAUGGGCGGUGAGGGUGAUGCGAAUGCACAGCGUCGCGCGUUGUCGGAGGUCAGGUUCGCUUUUGUGCCGUCUGCUUCUCGUCGGAAUCUCUCGCCUGAAACACACCCAAUGGCGGCGGAGGAGCAGGAGGAGGAAAGCGAGACCUUGCCCUUGGCUUGGCCAGCGGACGAGGACCAGCCAGAAUCGAGCGCAGAAACCGAGGUAGCAAUCGACCCACUCGAUGAGACGCAACCCCUACCGUGGGACGCCGACGAAGAAGACCAGCAAGAGCAUCCUGACGUACUGCCACAGAAAGAAUCCCUUGCAGAGGUACCGCCCUCGGACGACGAAGAUCUGUUGCUACAGACAGUCAUUCCCUCAUCAUCAUCCUCGUCCUCCCGCGCUUCGUCACCAUCCGCCUCACCUUCUCGUCUUCAGCUGCGUCGCCAGCAGCCUCACGACCAAACGUCGCCCACUUGCAAACGACAACGUAUCGGCAACCAGCAUCUUUCGCCGCGACCAUCGCUUGCAUCGCAAAGUCGAACACCUCUGCAGCAACGAGCUCUGCCGAAGUUCAGUCCGAUCACCCUCACGUCCAGCUUUGGUGGGGAGGGCAAUCGGUUCGACAGAGUGGUGGCAGCGCUGAAACGCGAGGAGAGACGAAGGAAUAGCGGGAUGCAGCUGAAUCUCAACGCGUACCUCUCGACGUCGUCUCAGGUUGGAGUGGAGGGAGUGGAGCAGAGGAGGGAGGGGUUGGGGGAGGAUCUGCAAGACGUGCUUUCCGACGACGACGACGACGACGACGGUGAUACAACGAUCACCCGUCGAAUUGAGAGUGAAGGGGAGGUGGAGAACGAAGAGACCCAGCCACUGGCCUGGCCAGAUAGCCCCGAGCGACUUUAUCGACCGCACUUGCGUCCGUUGCAGGAAAGCUCACCCAUGCCCUCGGCGACACAACGUUCGGCCGUGUCGAGCACGAGCAGCAGUAGCGGCAGGAUCAGCUUGCCUAGCGAAAGCAAUCUGGACGAGGCGGGAAAUACCCAGCUGCGGUCGUUCUUCAGGGAUCUGUAG